GACAGCAGGAGCAAAGGAGCCCUGUGUGCUCAGGGAAAGCUCCUUGGGUUUUCAGCACCCGAGCAGGGAGGAGGCGGAACGAGGAGACGCCGGGCUGGGCAGAGAACCACGGGCAGAUGGUGGAGGCGGCCAGGCCCCAGGAGCUCCCCUUCCCUGCGGGCACACUCAGGCUCUGCUCACGGGCUCCCUCUGGCCUUAGGGUGAGGACAGUUCCAGCUGAUCCUGCCCCCCCAGAAGGCCGGGAACCCCACCUGCUGACAUGGGGGUGGGGCAAGGGACACUGCGGACCCUCGCCCUCCUCUGGCUGCCCCAGGACGGGCUGGGAGGACGCGAGAAGGCCCCAGUGCACUCAGGAACACGGAGGAGGCAGGGCCGGGAGGUGAUACUGCAGCCGGGGCUGCAAGACAAAGGCGGCUCAGGUGUCCCGCUGUCCACAGCCAACCGAACGCCAACCCAGGUGUCCCGGGCUCCCAGCUGCCCGCGCGCCCGCGCCCCAUGCCCGAGCUGCCUGCGGCUAAUGAAAGUGUUACUCCACAAAGCAGCAAGCACAGGGCCCAGCCCUGGAAACGGGCGCACGGAGGGCGUGGAGGAGGAGACCCGGCUGGAAGAGAGGAUGAGGAGGUGGACGGACGUGCUGCCUCCUGUCCCCUGGCGGGAUCCGCACCGGCACUCGCCCCGGGAAAGACCCCUGCGCCCGGACACCCAGGGCUCGGUUCCGCGUCUGACGUCACAGCCUGGCAGAAUGCCCCCGCUGGCCGCGCCGGCUUGGCACAGGGCCACGGGGGAGAAGGGGCUGCAGGUGGCUUGGCCACUCUGGGGGUCAGAGCUUCCAGCCCCCACCUCUCAGCACCCCGGCGGGGUGGAGCCCGUGACUCAGCAGGAACCCCCUCCCCUCCUCAUUCACUGGGCCUUGUGGGGCACCAAAGAGCCUAAACCAGGGCCUUCAACUGGGGCACGAUUCUUCCCACCCUCCCCACCAGGAGACAUUCCCAACUGGAGGUGAGGGACUGGCUUUGUCCUGGCCCUUAGCCGAUAGAGGCCAGGGAAGCCGCUGACGUC